UCUGUGCACGGCGAACGACUCUCGAACUCUUUCAAGGCUCUCUCCCCUCUUCCUUUGUCCACAAUUCUCUCAUCUCGUCCUUUGAUCAUUUUUCAUGCAAAUGAAAUGUCAGUAAGGCGUAUUUUCCGGUGUCUAUUAGUACUCAUAAGAAGAUCGAUCCGGUUUUUGUGAACUCAAACCCUAAUAAUUUCGGUUUUCCCUCCGGUUUGAUCUUCGAGUCGUUUUCUUUGGUUAUUUGGCUCGAACCCGUUCUUGAAACCGCGAAUAUCUUCAAGAACAUCGAUCACUACAGACCAAAACAGAGGAAAGAUCCGUUCUUGGACGGGUAUCAUCGAUCGAUCGAAGAAUCGAAAGAGAGAGAGAAAGAAUUCGUCGAAAUUAAAAGAAAGAGAAAUGGUGAGAACUCCGUGUUGCAAAGCGGAAGGGCUGAAGAAAGGGGCGUGGACUCCCGAAGAGGAUCAGAGGCUCGUCGCUUACGUCAACGAACACGGCGAAGGUGGCUGGAGAACCCUCCCCGAAAAAGCUGGUCUCAAGAGGUGUGGAAAGAGCUGCAGGCUCAGAUGGGCGAAUUAUCUUAGACCCGAUAUCAAACGAGGAGAGUUUAGCCAAGAAGACGAAGAGACCAUCAUCACCCUUCAUGCCACUCAUGGAAACAAAUGGUCGGCUAUAGCCCGGAGAUUGCCUGGGAGAACGGAUAACGAGAUCAAAAACCACUGGAACACGCAUAUAAAGAAACGUCUGAUCAAAAAGGGGAUCGACCCCGCAACCCACAAGCCGAUAUCGGGGAAAUCAGACAGCGAAUCCGACCGGAAAACCGAGAGAGAUGGUUCCGAGAAACGUCAAGAGCAUGAUCUCGAACAUCCGAAACCGGCGCUGUCGCUCUCGGCCAAGGUUCUUAACAAAGUUGCCAACAAGUUCGCUCGAAGAGUGAACCAAAGUGUUUUGUCCGAAAUCAUCGAAUGUGGUGGCCCACGAAGCAGCAACAGUAACGCUAUUAACGGUAAUAAUUCCAUAGACUCAGGAAGUGAAAGAUCAACGAGCUCUUCUACAUCAACUUCGAAUCUUCUCAACAAGAUCAAUCCAGACAAACUCCAAUCUAUCUUCGACGAGGAUUACAACCACUUUAAUCCUCAAGAAUGUCAUCCCUCGUCCACAUCCAUGUCGGGAUCCACGUUCUCAGAUUCUUCUGCUUCCAUUAACGGCGUCAAUGAUCCGUUAGCGUAUUGUCUCGCUACCCCGAUGGACGAUAACCUUUCGAGUGGGAAUGAGUACAGUGAAAUGGAGUUCAACAGGUUUCUGGACAGUAUAUCUAACGAAGAAGAUUUCAUAGGGAGUCCUAAUGUUGAGAAGAACGGUCUAAUGGGCGAGUUAACGAAGAUUCUUCUGGAUGAUGGACCGUAUGAAACCGACAUCAUGAUGGUACACGAAAGGGACUCAUGCUCGAAAGGAGCUUUUGAAGAUAUCGAGUGUUAUUGGGAUGAGUACAUGGGUCAUGAGAAUUAUUAGGCUCGUGAUAUAGGAUGAUGACCAUGGCCAUGAGCAUGAUCAUGAUAGUGAUUGUGAUGGUCGUGUUAGAAUGAUGAUGAUGAUGAUGAUGAGUGGCAUGUAGAUCAAUUAGAUUUGAUUUACGAUAUUUCGUCUGAGUUAGACAAAAACCUUUUUUGCGAAUUUUUGUUUUCGUCUGCACCGCACGUUUUGUCCGAAAGCAAAAUAAGGGGUGAUGUAAUUAACAAACAUGUUUUUUUUUGUCAUUA